AUGGCCAAUUCCCCGGAUCCUCGCGAAGGACUGAGCCCCUCGCCGUCCAAUAUGCUCGAUAUCUUCUCGGUCGACGAUGACGACGAUGACGGCGAAAGUUUCCACCCGACCGAGGAACAAAGUACCGAUGCAAGUGCCACGCAGGAUGAAGACAGCGAUGCUGAUUUCACCGAUGCCCAGGAGACCUUGCACGGCAUUGAAAUCAUCUACGAGGGCGGAGAAGACGACGAGGAAGAUGAAGAGGAGGGAAAUCACACCGAGACCGAAAACGAUGGUACUGCAACGAGAUCAAGAACCGCCGGCCGACCAGCACAGGUGACGGUCAACGACAUCCGCGGCCUACUGAGUGCCAGUGCGCCUCUCCGGCAGCUCAUUCUUAGUCGCUACCGCUUGCUCGGCCCGAACGGUGGAGUCCUUUUCGAUGAAGACGAGGAAGACGACGAGGACGAGCCGUACGAAUACGGCGGCUUCAGUCGCCGUCGCCGGGUCCAACGACAAAAGCCAAAGGGCGACCGCUUCCCCAAAGUCCCCAGUGAAGCUGGAAAGGCGUUGAUGAACUCAGGCACUUAUGGUUGUCGAGACACAUACUUGGACAUCCGACGUAAGAGACGGCAAACAAUCAGUGAACGCCUCCUAUGGCGACGUCUGGGGUUAGAGGCACGAUCCACUAUGAGACGACAAAACAACCUCAUCGCCCAAGAACAAGUACCCAACACCACCACGGCCGAUAAGAUCAUCCACUACGACUCACGAGCCUACUCGGGUCAGUUUUCCGACGACGGGAACUUCUUCUUUAGCUGCACCCAGAAUUUCAAGGUCCGCAUGUACGACACAUCCAAUCCUUAUGAGUGGAAAUACUACAAGACAGUGGAUUACCCUUUUGGACAAUGGACAAUUACAGAUGCGACGCUGAGCCCGGAUAAUAAGUGGUUGGCAUAUUCCUCCAUUCGACACACCGUUUGUCUGGCACCCACCGACCCGACGGACCACUCUGACCACACCUUAUUGGAUUUUACCAACUUCGCUCCCGGAGCAGGACAAGGCCGACCGAGCUACGGGUAUAUGGGCCGGCAUGGUUUCGGCAUCUGGUCCUUGCGCUUCAGCGGUGAUGGAAGGGAGAUUGUCGCCGGGACGUCGGAUCACUCGGUCGUGGUGUACGAUCUAGAACGCCGCCAGUCAACCGUUCGUCUCUCUAACCACGAAGACGAUGUAAAUGCGGUCUGUUUCGGCGAUAAGUCUUCACCUCAUAUCCUUUACUCGGGCAGUGACGACCAGACGUUGCGAGUUUGGGACAGACGAUCAAUGGCCGAUGGUCGUCCCGCAGGCAUUUUCGUCGGUCAUACAGAAGGCCUAACGUACGUUGACUCCAAGGGCGAUGGCCGCUAUGUUCUCUCCAACGGUAAAGAACAAAUGAUGAAGCUUUGGGAUCUGCGGAAGAUGAUUUCCCCGAAUGAAUUCUCGAGGAUCGACAUCCAUUCCUACACCACCAAUUUUGACUAUCGAUUCUCCUCGUACGAUGAAGACGACUACGUGCCCAAUCCCAAAGAUUGCAGCGUGGUAACCUUCCGGGGCCACUCCGUUCUCAAGACCCUGAUACGAUGUCACUUCUCCCCCCCCGGGUCGUCAAACUCUCGAUAUGUGUACAGCGGAAGUGAAGAUGGAAAAGUAUAUAUUUGGAACAUGGACGGGACCCGGAAAGCCACAAUCGACGUCUAUGCAGCGACGAGACACACGAGACCGAGAAGCGAUGGGAGUGACGGCUUUGGUGGUGGAGGGUAUGGGUAUGAGCUGCACGGCCACCACAAUAGUGUGUGGAAGACGUGCGUGAGGGAUGCAAGCUGGAGUCCUACGGCCCCGGUUCUGGCUGCGACGUCUUGGAACGGCUGGGGAAUGGCUACGGGCACAGUUUCGGUGCAUUCGUGGAACGACGGCGCCGAAGAUGACGAAGCCCUUCCGACCAUGUCCUCAAACUACAACGCCCGCCUCGAUCCCAAAGAAGAUUUCAACAACGCAAUGCGUCGUGCGCGAGGUGGAGGAGGACCCCGGGGCGGCGAUGCAACAACCAGAAGCAGCAAUAAUCCCACCACGACGCGGAGUCGCGCCGAGGGGAGAGGUUUGAGAAGCUUUCUCGUCAGGCCGCCCAGGUUGGGUGACGACGAGGGCGGCGGCGGCGGAGGGGGUGGAAGUGUUUGGUGA